GGUUGGGGUGGUGUGGGAGGGCGACGGUGGUGGCGAGGGAAUCACAUUGGAUGGGCUGGGAUUGGCAAGUGGGUGGGCUGGCCUGCAAUGGAGAUGAGUGGGAUGGGGUGGAUUGUGGAAGUGGCUGGGCGGGGCUGGGGGCUGGAGUCGAGAUGGCAUGGAGGGGUUUGGUGGAGAUGGCUGCAGAGCGUUGGAGUGAAGGUGCUUGGAAAGGUUUGGAGAUGGGGAGUGGAGGCAGAUGGAGCUGGUUGGGGAGGGAAUGUGGGUGGGCCAAGGGGUGUGGUUGAGGUGAAGGUGGUUGGGAAGGGGUCAGUGGCGUCAUGCGGUGGGCAUGGGCCCUGUGCAAAGAAUGAAAUGGGACCCCCUCUUCAAUUUCUGCCCCCUUAAUAGCUUGGCUCUCUUGCCCCUCUGGCACGUGGGCCAUGGUAAUGUUGCACAGCCUGCACACUCAAUAGCUGCACCACUGGUGGAGGUCUGGGUUGGGCGGAGGGUCGGGGUUUGAGUGGAGGUGGUUGGACGACAUCGGCAUGAAGGUGGUUUGGUGGAGGUUGCCGGAGAGCGUGAUGUCACUGGGGAAAGGGUUGGGUUGGAGUGGAGAUGCUGGUGAAAGGUUGGGAGGAGCUGGCUGGAGAGCAUUGGCGGUGGUUGAGAAAGGGGGGAGAGUCUUGGAGUAACGACACACAGUGGGCAGCCAGCGACCGCAGCACCAGCAUCGUCGCCGGCAGCGGAAGACAAAAGCGCCGUCAUGUCGCGUGAUUCGCGCGAUUCGCGAGAUUCGCGAGAUGGUCGCGACAGAAGAGACUCGCGUGAGAGGAGAGACUUGCGGGACAGGAGAGACUCGCGUGAGAGGAGAGACUUGCGGGACAGGCGAGACUCGAGAGAGAGGAAGGAUUCACGAGACCGCCGAGAUCCUCGGGACGCACACUGGGACGACCCCGAAGGAUUCGUGGUCCGCGUGCGUGGCCUCCCGUGGACCUGCACUGCCGAAGAACUCCUGGAUUUCUUCUCUGGCUGCAUGCUUAUGAACGGGAAGGCGGGCGUGGAGUUUAUCAACACGCGGGACGGACGGGCGAGCGGGGAGGCGUACGUUCAGCUGGAGACAGAGGACGACAUGCUGCGUGCUCUCGAGCUGAAUCGCAAGCACAUGGGCCACCGCUACAUCGAGGUGUUCAAGUCGAAGAAGAGCGAGCUGGAGUGGGCCCUGGCUCACAACGGGCCGAGCCAGCCUGACACGUCGCUCGAGGGCUGCGUGCGGCUGCGCGGACUCCCCUUCGGGUGCACGCGAGAGGACAUCGUCAAGUUCUUCUCCGCCUCUGAAGGAUCCUCCGCUGUGUACAACAUCUCGCCGUACGACAUCUCGCCGGACGGCAUCGUCAUCCCCCUCGACCACCAGGGCCGCAGCACGGGCGAGGCCUUUGUGCAGUUCGUGUCGCAGAGCCUGGCCGACAUCGCGCUCGGAAAGCACAAGGAGAAGAUGGGCCACCGGUACGUGGAGGUGUUCCGCUGUAGCCGAGGGGAUUUCCGGGGCGUCUACGAGCUUGCGCGCCGGCACGCUCUGAGGCGUGGGCCCUACGACCGUCCCAGCGUGAGCCCGAGGGGCUCCUAUGGGAGCAGCGGGGUCCACGGGGGCAACUACGCCGGAGGCUACAGCGGAGGCAACAGUGGGGGAUACGGGCCGGACCGAAACUACGAUCGUUUGCGACCGGUCGCCGGUUUCAGCGGCCGUAGCUACAGCAGCUACGGCUCGGCAGGCACGUUCCAGACCAACACGGGCCACUGCGUGCACAUGCGCGGCAUCCCCUUCCGAAGCACCGAGGAAGACAUCCUGGAGUUCUUCUUGCCACUGGCGCCCGUGAGGGUUCACAUCGAGUACGAGGUGAACGGACGCGCCACGGGGGAGGCGGACGUCGACUUCGCGACGCACGAUGACGCAGUGCGCGCCAUGGCAAGGGACAAGGCGCAUAUGAAACACCGCUACGUGGAGCUGUUUCUGAACUCGACGGCGCACAGGGGCUACGGUGAGCGGAGCCCAGAAACCCGAGGUGGCUCUAAUGGCGUGGGAUGCUACAGCUCCAGCAUCAGCAGCAGCCGGCGCGGCGGAGGCUGGGACCGCGACAGGGACCGCGACCGCGAUCGCGAUCGGAUCCGUGACCGGGAUCGCGACCGUGAUCGUAAAUGAGCUGCAGGGCCGAGGAGAUGGGGGGGGGUGGUGGUGGGGGGUGAGUGCGGUCCCCUCUUGUCUUGCACAGAAGCGCCCCAACGCUAUCUCGUUUCGUUCUUUCAGUGCUGUCCUGUUUUCCGCAUGCCCUUGAAGCCGUGAUGCACCGGGGCAACUUUAGAGGCAGUCAUUGCUGGCAAUCAACACUGGUGGCGGUCGCCACGAUGCAUUUCUGUUGCAAGAAAUGGUAAGCUGCCAUCGCAUUGCAGAAUGGUCACACGACUACUGGACAUUGCUACGUAGGCCAAUCAUUGCUCUUGAAAAACUUUUCAACAUUGUUUUUUAUUGACAAGACAAAUCCCAUGAGACUCCAUGCCCGUUGCUGGUACCGAGUUGCCACAGUUGGUCAGCACAGUAAAUGCAUUGCCGGUGACGAUUCUAAAAUUUCCCGAAUGUAUCGUAGCCUCUAAGCAUGGUACAGGGCCCAUUCCCGUUUUUGUGAAAUUAUCCCUGCCCCCCCCCCCAUCCUCUGCCUUUCCUGUGAUGGAAAAGUCUGCCCUGUCAGAAAGUGACUGAUGACACUUGUUUCUUCUUCAAUGUUAGUCCAUGAGAAGGGUAAUGAUGCAUCUGGUUCACCACUAUUCCAAGGCUUUAAUCCCCACUUAGAAGAAUUGUCUGGCCGCAUUACACGCGAUCACAACUCAGGGGCGCAUUGCAGCAGGAUAAUGCAUUUUCCCGGCAAGCGAUCCCUCAAUUCCCUCGUUGUGGACACACUCGGCCAGACCUGGCAAGUGUCGUCUUCAGUUUUAAGUGUUGUAUCCAUAUUUUUCUGGAUUUUCCACACGUAACCAUUUUUCAGGUUAACGCUCAAACUUAUUACGUGUAGUAAAUGUGCAUGGGAGUAAACCAAGACCUCAACGGUGGUGCUAUAUAAUGCUCACAUCGCACCCUCACAGGCCGUCGAUGGUAGCAACCAGACUCUGCGCUGGAAACUGUCCCGUCGGUCCUUCCCUGCCCCCUCCUCAGUCCCCAAAAUAGUGGACCAACCCAAAUCUUGGAGACUUGGCCAAUUUCCAGUGCCACGCGUUGGUGAGUCUGGGUGCUACCAGUGUCGGCAUGCGGUGGUGGAGGGAGGGGGGAAGAGGCUUGCAGCCAAUGGUGAGGUCUCUAUUUUUAACUCAUGCUUGUUUAAGCAAGUAGAAAAAAGUGUUCAGAGUUGAUUCGGCAUUCAAAGUGAAGGCGGAAUGGUGGUGCGAGCGGCGGUAAAGAAAUUGCCGUUAGUCCUUUUGCUUUGAAAAGAGUAAAUACUUCACAAUGUAUAUAUUGUCACACGUUCACAAUUUUUUGUUGCCCCUGUUAGGCCAUGGACUGUUCACUCACCCCCUUGAUGUCAGUUCUUGGUGUCAAUAUAUCAUUUGUUUGGGACAAGAGGUUGUCUAUCAGUCGUAACAAUUUACUUCCUGCCUUCCUGGCAAUUCUAAAAAAAAAAUAGUGAUUUGAUACAUUUUAUUUUUAAUACUGGUUAACGUAACUCCGACAAGUGACAGGGAUGACAAUGUGAGCCCAUAACAUACGAGUAAUAAAAUGUAAUUUCCAUAUUUGGGGGUUGACCUGUAUGAAGUUCUUACACAUGCUUUUUUAAAAUCUAUCGUUUGCUGAAGAAUCGAUAUUGAUGGGUAAGUGCAUCAUUACAUGUCUGUGUUUGAACCGCAGUUUGGCAAGAAAGGGGGCCACUGGGUGAGCAUCGACUGGGAGCCCUGUGUCUUUGAAUUACUGUGUUAUUAUUCUGGUUUAUUGGGGUUUGUACAAUGUAGUUAAUUUCAAGUGUUCUAAAAAAACAUUUUCUAGAAAGUUCUAUGAGGUGGUUAGGGUGGCUCGAGAGAACGAGGCAGCCACUUGAGCCCCCCCCGGGGACGCCAAUGACUGCACAAAAAACCUCAAUAUUUCGAUUUGGUUUUGGCUUCAAUUGGAAAAAUUCCAUUUCUACAAAAUAAAAAUACAGUAAAACAAUGGGAUUGCGAGUAACUUGGUCUGCGAGUGUUUUGCAAGACGAGCACAAUUUUUUUUUAUAUUAAUUUGAUUAACGAGCGAGGUCUUGCAAUACGAGUAGUACGUGUAUACGCUUUGUCUGCCGAGCGUCACGUGAUCACAACUGAUAUACGAGUGCUUUGGAUUACAAACGUUUCCGGAACGAAUUAUGCUCGCAAUCCAAGGUUUUACUGUAUUGGGUGAGACUCGGCAAAUCCAUUGAAAAAUCCCUCUCGCAACCGAUCGGGGCGUGACAGGGUACUCAGAAUUUUUCUUAAAAUGGAUUCGACAUCACAUACCACAAUUGGAAUUGUAGGAAAAAUAUCACGUGUUAAUUUUGUAUUUCAACAUACUGCAAGUAUCGUUUGCAAAGCUUUGUUGAUGGCGUAACAAUUAUUUUGAUAUGACUUCAGCUGGAAGCCAGCCCCCCGUUUCCCC